GAGCUUUGUCCAGCUUGUGUUUGGCGUGUGCUACCUGACCGUCACUUCUUGGCGGCUUUCGCUCAUUUUGCUGGGCGUUUGGGCUGUGCUCUUUUACGUGUAUGCUGUCUAUGGCCGGUUUGCCAGGCACUCGUCGCUGCUCCGGCAGGACAAGCUCGCCGUGUUGAACGGAGUUGCUACGGAGGCUCUGGGAAACGUCCGCACGCUCCGGGCAUUUUCCGGAGAAGAGGCGAUGAUGAACAGGUACGAACAAGAGUCCUACAACCUGAUCUUUCUGGAGCAUCAGCGUGGUGCUGCCUAUGGACUCUAUGCGACCUUCUACAAUGGCUUGACUGAGGGCAUCAAGGCAGUCGCGCUGGGCACAGGCGGUGUGCUGGUUUCACGAGGGGCGAUCAGCCCAGAGCAGCUCACAGCGUCUAUGCUCUAUGUGGACAAUGUGGUUGGCUCAUCAUUGGCUGUCGGUGGCCAGUACAGGCAACUGAUGCAAGCUAUCGGCUCGUCUCGGAAGGUCUUUGAGUAUGCCGAGAUGCCUCCUUCCCCGUCGAUGGUGGCGACUGCAGCGACAGCGUUGCAGGUGGUACCUGCCGAGGAUCUGAGGGGGGCCGUGUCCUUCC